GACGCAUGCAUCCGUGUCUAUACCUUUCGGAGCUCCUCCAGCUCAUCUUCGAUGAGGUCGGCUGCAAAGCGACGUGCGCGCGACUCGCCAGAGUCUGUAGCACCUUCACAGAGCCUGCCCUCGACGCACUUUACACCAACGUUGACGGCUUCUACGAGCUUCUGACUUGUCUUCCAUCCGACUUGUGGGCUCUUAGUCCCCCGCGGCCAACAUCGCCCUACGAUCAUGCGAUCAAGUCACACAAAGAUCAAGUGCUUACUUUCAAGAGGGAUAUGAACCGCGACGACUGGGACAUCCUCCUGUCCAGGACGACUCGUGUCAGAAGACUUCGCCAGCCCCGCGCCCAUCGGAUCGAAGCUGCUUCGGACGUGCACCUCGCGCUUCAGGCUUGCCCAGUACCUCCGCUUUUUCCCAGACUGCGCUCGCUGGCCAUCGAAGCGGAGCGUCCUCCCCCUGAACUCUCCCUCUUUCUCGGGCCCGAGUUGCGUCACCUCGAGGUUGCGUGGUCUGCUGCUGUGCUACUCGAGAAGAUCCCUUUGCUACCUACCAUCUGUCCUAUGAUCGAUUCACUCUCUACUGGCCAAUCCGAUAGUGGGUCUCCCCCUCCUUCUCCAAGGCCUCCUAAUCCACCGGAUCUAUCUGAAUUGUAUCGCCUUCGGACGCUUUCUAUUGGACCACGAGAUCAGGACUUGCUGCCACAUCUCGCCAGCCUGCCCUCGCUUCGGAAUCUGACCGUCGAGGUUUCUGAGCGCACACCGUGGCUCGGCGCUAACGAGAGCUACGGCAUCCGGUCACUUGACUCCCUCCAUAUUUCAGCCGACACGUUCUCCACAAGCGCUAAGGCACUCGAUGCGCUCUUGUCGUGUGCCAGCCCCGCUGAACCCGCCGCCAUCCACAGCCUGACAAUAACCGGCGAAUCGCCCUCGCUCGCGGACCUCGUAUCCACCAUCUGCGCCCGCCUCUCGCACACCCACCUCUCCGCCCUCUCCAUAUCCAACACAUGGCGGUCCACCGAAAACCCGCCCGACGAAGCCGCCGACCUCCUCCCCCUCUCGCUGUUCGCGAGGCUCACGCGCUUCACGUACACGAACCACCCCCGGCCGGUCCCCAUGUCCGGCGCACAGCUCGCGCACCUCGCGUCGAGCUGGCCGCUCCUCGAGCGGCUCGCGAUCGUCCCUGGGCAGCAGCCCGCGAUGACGGGCGCGGAGCUGUCGGGCCUGUCGAGUGCGUGUCCGCGUCUCAAGGCCGUCGAUCUCUCCGUGGGGGAGGACAAUGCCGUUUCGGCUUCGGCUUCGGCUUCAGCGUCAAGCGCCGCUUUGUCGUCGGCAGGUGUGGCGCCGGAGAGCCGACCACGGGACUACGCGCUUCUGACGGACUGGCUGUGCGUGUGGUCGAGCGUUAUGAUGGCGGACGCGCCGUUCGUUGGGGAGCGGGAGACGCCUGUGGUCGUUGUGACUAGCGAGCCUUGAAUAGGGGUGUUGUGUCGACCAGUGGACAUGGAGUGCAUACCGUAUCAUCGCCGAUAUAGCGGCUUAUUUGUUGUCUGAGUUUGUUUAUUACCUAUUGGGCAUCUGCGAGAUUUAGUGUUCGUGUGGACUACAGUUUCAGUACAUUCAUCGGAAUCAUCAUCGUGUCGCAUAAACCUUGAGUGAAGACUGAUGUUGAUCACUCGGGCAGCAUACGGUAGCAAUCGAGAAAGUCCUAACAUAAUCCCAAUACCUCAUGCACAUCCUACAACAAGAU